GGAAAGCGGAAGCGGCGUGCAGCACGUGGGGGCGGUGCCGGCGGAGGCGCAGGUCCCUCCUGGUAGUGCUGGGCUCCUAGCGGCUGGAGCAAGAACGGAGGUUGAAAUCUGCCUGGCUUCCAUGGAGGCAUCAGCAGCGGAGCAGCCGAGCUCACCGCCCCGGCAUCUCGGGGACCACUGCAUCCAUGACGGCGACUUCGUGGUGCUGAAGCGAGAAGAUGUGUUCAAAGCAGUGCAAGUCCAGCGGAGAAAAAAAGUAACUUUUGAAAAACAGUGGUUCUACCUGGAUAACGCCAUCGGCCAUAGUUACGGCUCAACAUUUGACGUGAGCGGUGAAGGCAGUCUUCAGCUCAGGAAGAAGCUGGAAGAGCCCAUGUCAGAGACCAAAGAAGCAGGCACUGAUAAUCGAAAUAUAGUUGAUGAUGGAAAGUCCCAGAAACUUACUCAAGAUGAUAUAAAAGCUCUGAAAGACAAGGGCAUUAAAGGAGAGGAAAUAGUUCAGCAGCUAAUUGAAAAUAGUACAACAUUCCGUGACAAGACAGAAUUUGCCCAAGAUAAAUAUAUUAAAAAGAAGAAGAAAAAAUAUGAAGCCAUCGUUACUAUCUUGAAGCCAUCUACCCGUAUUCUUUCAAUUAUGUAUUAUGCCAGAGAGCCUGGAAAAAUUAAGUACGCUUUGUUUCCUUUCAAAGUAUAAUUGGGGGAAAUAUGUCUUUAAGCGAGUCAUGAUUUUAAGUAAAAUGAAACGCUUGCUCACCUGCAUAAAGUGCCCUCCUUCCUCAUAAAUUCCACAUGAGAUAUGAUACACUAGCCCAGAUGUUGACGUUGGGAAAUAUCCGUGCUGGCAAUAAAAUGAUUGUCAUGGAAACGUGCUCGGGCUUGGUGCUAGGUGCCAUGAUGGAACGAAUGGGAGGCUUUGGCUCCAUUAUUCAGCUGUAUCCUGGAGAUGGACCCGUUCGGGCGGCAACAGCUUGUUUUGGAUUUCCCAAAUCUUUCCUCAGCGGUCUUCACGAGUUCCCUCUCAACAAAGUAAACAGUCUCCUCAACGGGACAUUUUCUGCUGAGAUGCUGUCCUCCGAGCCUAAAGACAGCACUCCAGUUGAAGAAAGCAACGGUGAGCUUGAGGGGAAACAGACUGCUGAACAAGCGGAUGAAGACAACAUUGUGGAUGCCGCAGAAAACAACGCAGGAGAACAGAGGCCAAUGGAGAUUGUUCCUGGGGACCCAGAGAAUAAGGAGCCCAAAGAAAAAAGAAGCAAAAGAGAUUAUAUUCAGGAAAAGCAAAGGAGACAAGAAGAACAGAGGAAAAGACAUCUGGAGGCUGCUGCUCUGCUGGGAGAAAGAAAUGCAGAUGGUUUGAUUGUGGCCAGUCGUUUCCACCCCACGCCCCUGCUGCUGUCUUUGCUGGACUUUGUAGCCCCGUCAAGGCCGUUUGUGGUCUACUGUCAGUAUAAAGAGCCUUUGUUGGAAUGCUACACAAAACUUCGGGAGAGGGGAGGAGUCAUUAACCUGAGGUUGUCUGAAACCUGGCUCAGAAAUUACCAGGUUCUGCCAGAUCGAAGUCAUCCCAAAUUGUUGAUGAGUGGCGGUGGAGGGUACCUUCUGUCGGGGUUCACUGUUGUCUCAGACAGCCUUCGAGCAGACCCCAGCUUCAAGUCCUGCACAGGCGCUUUAGACCCACACAAGGCUGAGGAGCCAGCAGCUAAAAAACAGAAAUGCAUGGAAUCUGCCUCUUAACUCUUAGGAGAUUAAUGUUGGUUCCGAGGCAUUCUGCAGCUGGUAAUUACACUGUAAGUGUCAUCGCUAAAAUGUUUUCCUGUCCUAAGAGUGUGUGUACACCUGUUCCUGGGAAGAAGUAAGCCUUUCGUUGCAGAAGGAUUAGUCAGGACUGCAACUCUGAUGGACAGUAAUGGAUUGGUACAGCAGUCCUGUAUCACAGCAGACUCAGUACUUAAAGGAUUUGCAGAUUCCUUGGGAAUGUCAACACCUUGAUAAUGUUGAUGUGUAAGUCUUUGUUUAUAUUUUAAGCAAAGAUGAUAAUACAAACUAGCCACAACAUGGUGAGCAGUGAAAGGAAAUUUCCUCUCCUCCACUCUUCCUCCUAAGCAAUAUGGAUGUGUGUGCCUGUGAGAUUUACAGUACCAAAACGUCUACCCUGUGCCCUGCAAUGGAAGAAGCUUUUUUUUAGAUACUAGAUUUUGUUAUUUUAAUAGUCAACGGCCUGAAGAAGAUCCAGGUAUUUCUUUUCUUGCCUCUCCCUUUUUGGUACAUUGAAAGGGUGGUGGGUGCUCCUUUGCGGUGAAAGCGGCUCCUCUGUUCUGGGUGAAGUGAUUGGAACUUCUGUGUACUAUUAAACAAUUGGGUUUUUCUCUCUCUCUAGACACAGACACACAGAAACCUGUAUCAGUGUUGGUAUAUAUACAUACACAUAGAUGUAUCUAUAUGUCAGCAUGGACAGAAUGUACUACCUGUGGUGGGACAGAGAAGGAAUACACGUUUAUUUGAACUGUGGUAAAGACUUGUGCAGGACAGAGCAGUUCUUGGUGUGUUGCUGUUACUCCUUGUCAAGUAUGUUUCAAGUGCCUUCUGGGGAUUUCUCACACUGGUCUGUACACGUCUGCUGGUGUGAGGUGGGUGUCCUUUAUCUGCUCUGAAAGAAGUGUAAUCAGAUUCCUUAACCAUCUCCAUUGUAAGGAAUAAAAAUGUCUAGAGUAAUUGAAGGCUCUUGUUCCCUUGAGAGUCUUGUCCUGUUCACUAGGACUUGUGCGGUGUUCUUGUCAUCAUAGAAGCCUGGCCAGCGUGGAGCAUCUUGGAAGAUAAAAAUGCUUUCCUAAUAGCUUGUGCUGUUCUGAUAAAGGCUGCUGAACUUUGGUUUUUAUUCCUUUUUCUCUAAACAAUUGCUUUUAAAGAAUAAAAUUUUCCUACUCUGAGCCAUAA